AUGAGUGAUUCGGAAUCGCCGGUGAUAUUGCCGAAACACGUCGCCUUCAAGGGCGCUAAUGGCAAAUAUCUCAGCGCCCAGUGGAUCGAGGGAUACCGAUAUUUGAAGUUCGUAUCCGAUGAUAUUGGAGAUGAAACGGUGGGAAACGAGAUUUUCCCUGUUGGCGAUGGAACAAUCCGCAUAAGGAGUAAUAUCUUCGGCAAAUUUUGGAGGCGCAGCCCUAAUUGGAUCUGGGCUGACUCAGAUGACACCUCCUGCAACGACUACGACACCUUGUUCAGGCCGAUCAAAGUCAACGACCGUGUGAUCGCUCUCUGCAACUUGGGUAAUGACCAUUUCUGCGUUAGUCUUACCACCGAGGGCAAGGUAGACUGUCUCAAUGCCGCUAAGUCCACGAUAACGAAUAUGGCACGCCUGGAGGUGGACGAGGUUGUUUUGUCAAGGGAGAUCACUAAUAUCCGCUAUCGCACCGGGGAAGCCAAGAUCUACAACGAGGGGUUCGUCAUGUUGAACAACUUCACUGCCACUAACAAAGGCCGAGAACCCAACACUAUAGAAAAAGAUAUCGAGUUUACGCAGAAGAGGAGCACAACUUGGAAGUCCAGCGUUUCAUUGAAGGCGGGCAUCAGCACCACAUUUAAGGCCAGUGUUCCACUUGUCGCAGAUGGAGAGAUCCAAUUUUCGGUUGUGGGUACCAUGACACACGAGUGGGGAGAUACCGUCGAAUUCGAGUAUAAAGAUGUGUACAAGCACACGGCUCCGGUGCCGCCAAGGACUACGGUUAAGCUUAGUCUGUUAGCGACAUUGGGUUGUUGCGAUGUUCCCUUCUCGUAUAAAGUUGUCAUGUCUGUUGUUUAUGUAACUAUAUAUUUCCAGUAUCGUUGA